AUGAUACUGAGACUUACUCCAGGCACACUUUAUGAUAUCGGUACCUUAGAUAUUGUUCGUUCAGAAUCUUCAGGAGAAUUGAGACAAAUUAAAAUUACUGAGAGCUUCGAAAGACAAUGGGACAUAAACGAUUCAAGGGCAAAGAUAAUACACCAGGCUAUAGGAGAAAUGAUCGUUCUUGAUAACCAACCUUUUUCUGUUGUGGAGAAUAAAGGUAAAAUGAAAGUAGCUACAUAUUAUUAUUAA